AUCUAUCGUUGCUCGUCGAAAAUAUUCGUUCACGCCCAUGACCACAUGAAUUCGGACUACUCUGACAUACCUACUUCCUUUGACCCUAGAAUAUUUUUACAGUCACAACCCGAUAUUCCCACUGAAGACGCGGUCGCGUCUGAUUCACACUCCGACGAACUAGACGCAAUACGUCAGUGUAUCAAGGAGGAUAAGGCAGAGCAAGAUCGGCUUGGAAUAGUAAUCCGACACAGAUUGUGGAAAACCGCGGACGUAUUCAGGAGUGAAGAGGACCGCCCAAUUGACACUACUCCUUCUAAACCUCCAAAGUCGUUGGGGAACUACAGCCUGCCAUCUUCACCUCCUAGUCUCGGUAUGCCACUCGCAUCGUCGCCUAUCACCUACCCACCGAGCUCUAUACCGCAACAUACCACUCCACAGAAAAGAAAGCAUUCUGGAGCAGGGCCGAGUCCUCUGAAGCCUAUACCGCCGAACCAGCAAAAUAAGCGUGUGGCUGGCUUCUUAGACGAUUCGGAUGAUGAGGACCAGGUCGCAGAGCUAAAGGAGCAUGCGCCAAAGAGGAGGGCGAUUAACGUCAACACGGAAUUGCGGAAUGAACUAGACAUUGACACGCCACCUGCCAGUCAGGAAGACAUCGAACGGUUGCAAGAUUUACAGCUUGAGAACGAUGCACUCGUUCCGGCGUUUUCGGCAGAGCAGCCAUCCAGUAUCUCAGAUGAACCCUCUUCCGCACAGCCCAAGCGCGGAGCUGUCGCGAAGACGGCUGCUGGAAAGGCGUUUUACCUGCGAAAGAAGGGCCCAAGAGAGACUGUUGCAUUUGAACAACUUAUUGCAUCACGUUCAGUCGCUACCGAGGGUCGGGCGCGAACGAGCUAUUAUGGAGUCGACAUACAUAAUCUGAUGGAUGAAGCCAGAGUUAUGGACGAAGAGCAGGCACGGCUGCGGCAAGCAAAGGACAAUAAUAGCGCACAACCCUCUAUCGAACCGACUGUGCCGCAGCCGAGACAUGGAAAGAGCAGUAGGACACUGAUGUGGACUGAGAAAUAUCGCGCAAAGAAAUUUACAGAUCUGGUCGGAGACGAGCGAACACAUCGGUCAGUGCUGCGAUGGUUGAAGGGCUGGGAUUAUAUUGUCUUCCCCGGGACGGCCAAGGUUAAGCACAAGAGUGCGAAGAAGUUUGACGACACUGAAGAACACAGGCACCGGAAAGUUCUCCUUCUGACGGGACCUCCGGGCCUUGGAAAGACUACACUGGCUCACGUGUGCGCACGGCAAGCUGGAUACGAGGUACAGGAGAUUAAUGCUUCGGACGAUCGCAGCGCUCAAGUGGUCAAAGGUCGAAUACGCGAUAUGGUCGGAACCGAAAACGUGAGGGGCGUCAAUACCACUACAAAAGAUGGGAAGGUCCGCAAAGCUGGGAAGCCCAUAUGCGUUGUUGUGGACGAAGUGGACGGCGUGGUCAGUGGAAGCACUGGAGGCGGUGAGGGAGGGUUCAUCAAAGCUCUCAUCGAUCUGAUCCACCUAGACGAAAAGAACUCCAAGCUAGUUGGUCAGCAAACUUCUACGACCGGAAGGAAGAAAAAAGGCGACAAGUUUCGUCUACUACGACCCCUCAUACUCGUUUGUAAUGACGUCUAUCAUGCUUCACUACGUCCGCUGCGGCAGUCCUCGCACGCCGAAAUCAUACAUAUUCGGAAACCGGCGCUGAAUAUGGUCGUCUCACGGAUACAUGACAUCUUUGGGAGAGAAGGAAUACAUGCGGACUCUGACGCCGUCCGUCGCCUGUGCGAAGCUACCUGGGGAGUGAGCACCAAGAAAGAGGGUGGCACGGGAAGUGGCACAGGCGAGGGCGACAUCCGGGGUGUCAUGGUUGUGAGCGAGUGGGUCGCAGGACGAUUGCGCGCGGCAAAAGACAACAGUUCCGAAUCCCCACGUCUUACUAGACAGUGGGUCGAGGCGAAUGUGAUUGGAGAUCUGAACCAUGGCGGCGGAGCUGCUCGUAGCUUGGGACGCGGCGGUACCAAGGAUGUUGUUGAUCGCGUUUUCCGUGAAGGGGCCGGGUUUCCUAAGCAAGCAGAGGCGAAUAUUGCUCGGAAAGGCAUCCAAGGUGUCAUUGGUGUUGCAGAAGCCGCGAAGAAGCUUGCGCUGGAACGGCUCCAUGAGAUGGUGGAUACGAGCGGUGACAUCGAUCGGAUCGUGUCCGACUGCUUCGCCGCAUACCCUGAAAAGCCAUAUCAGGACGACACAUUUCUAUCCAAACCUUGCGCGGUCCACGAAUGGCUGUAUUUUCACGACAUGGUCUCUUCUUCUGUACACCUCUCCCAAGGAUGGGAAAUGGCGCCGUACCUUGCGCAGUCAGUCCUAGCUUUCCAUGAUCUUUUCGCUUCACCGCGACAGCAGACUUCGAACCCAACGGCCGACUCUGACGCCGAGCCUACGCCGUUUUCAGGAUCCGGGGCAGCAUAUGCUGCUUCCGAAGCUCGCAAGGCUAACCGAGCUCAAUUGAUGGCACUACAGUCAACGCUUAGCCUCCCACUAACUCGACUGUUCCGCUCUCCGGAGGAGCUCGCGACCGAACUCCUCCCCUAUGUUCUGCGAAUGCUUUCUCCGGAUGUUAAACCCGUGAUAGUCAACACGGGCCCUUCUGGUUCCAAAUCCGUAGCCAUGGCAUCAGUCCGCAAGGCCACAGAAAAAGCAUUGGUCAAGAAAGCCGUCGAGGCAAUGGCUGCUACCGGAGUACGCUUCGAAAGGAGUAGAGUAGAGUUCGAUGAUGUCGCCAAUCGGAGCGGUGGAUGGGUACUUCGUAUGGAGCCACCGCUGGAUCAGCUUGCUACGUUUGAGACUCUUGGUGGGAAGAAAGAUGAAAAGGUUCGGUAUGCGGUAAGGAGUGUAUUGGAGACAGAGUGGAAAAAGGAAAGCGUGAAGAUGAAUGCUGAGGCGAGAAAAAGGCGGGGUGGGCAGGUGGAUGAUGAUGUUAUUGCAAAUGGAGACGCGGCUGAAGACGAGGAUGUGAAGAAGGAUGCAGGAAAGGAGAAGGUCACAAGAGACUUCUUUGGAAGAGUGAUCAAAGCCACGCCGGUGCCUGCAGGGGCGCCGGGCGUGAAGAAGACGGAACUUAAGAGCGGAGACGAGGGGCGGAUAUGGGUGAGCUUCCAUGAGGGCUUUUCAAAUGCGGUUAGGAAGCCCUUAACUUUGGAUGACUUGAUGAGAGGAUUAUAAGCACCUGCUCCGUUUAUGGCAUGUUAUGAAGCAGCAUUACACCUAGCGAGCAUACUAUUGGAAUUAUGUAGUCAUGUAGUCACAUUCUUUUCCCGUC